AAAAUUUGUGAAUGUUGUAUUGUGAUUUGUAACGAAAUUUUUGCUGAUUAUUUAAACCAAUAUUUUCGGUACUUCUCAUAUUGUUAAAUAAGUAUUGAAAUCGUACCCUAUACAUAAUAACCAUGGGCGAAGAAGACGAGUAUGCCUGUGUCAACAAAUCUAAACUUAAAAUCAAGACUGACUCUGGAAUAAAAAAGAAAAAAAAGAAGAAGGCUAAAAAAGAUAAUGACAAAAUCAUCGAAGAAGAAGUAAAAGAACAGAUGAAGCAGCAGGCAAACACAGACAAACGGACUAAAGCCGAAAUCGCCUUCCAGAAGAUGCAGGACAAAAUGAAAAAGCAGAGAAUACUACAGAAGGCAGAGAUGACUCACAAGCAAAGAGUAGAAAAGUUCAAUCAACAUCUGGAUAGUCUUACAGAGCACUUUGAUAUACCUAAAGUAUCUUGGACAAAGUAAAAAUAUUAUGGAGAUUUUCAACAUGAUUGUGCCCAUUAUAUUCCAAAAUACAAAUCACACUGGAUUAUAAUGAAAACAACUGUACAUAUUUGUGGUUCAAUUUAUUUACCAAUUGCUGCUGAUAUCUUUAAGAUCUGUUUCUUGGUUAGGUUAAACAUAAGUUAUGCAGCCUGCUUGUUUCUCAUUAAUCAGAACCUGUGAGUUUGCCUACGGACAAAAUUACUGAAUUUU